AUGGCGGAAUCGCUAUUUAGCCUCGAUGACAACGCAAUUGGGGAGUUACUAGAACAGUCUGACUUGGAAGAUGUUGAUGAAGAUGAUGAUGACUUAUAUGUGCAAAAUGAUGAAGAUAAUAACUCCUACGUGGAUGAUGUCCCACUCUCAUCUGUGAGGGUGGCUACCAAUCAAAGUGAUGGUAAAUGGACAAAAAAAGUUUUCGAGGGAAGACUACUAGUCAAGCUCAAGAAAGUUCAAGUAAUGAACCGCCCAAAUCACCUGCGGAGUACUUCGAAAAUUAUUUUGAUGCCGAACUGUUUGAAAAAAAUUGCGAUCUGUACUGCGCAAUAUUACAUGGCCGAAAAAGGACAGCAAAUGAGGCUGGAAUGUACACCUAAUGAAAUAAAAAAAAUUCUUUGGAGUUCACGGGAUGAUGAGUUGCAUUAA